AUGGCUGAGGUCAUCCGUUUGCAAGGUCUCCCAAUUGUGGCAGGGACCAUGGACAUUUGCCACUUCUUCUCUGGAUUGACCAUUCCUGAUGGGGGCGUGCAUAUUGUAGGGGGUGAACUGGAUGAGGCUUUCAUCGUUUUUGCCACUGAUGAAGAUGCAAGGCUUGGUAUGAUGCACACAGGUGGUACAAUUAAAGGGUCAAAAGUAACACUAUUGUUGAGUAGUAAAACGGAAAUGCAGAAUAUGAUUGAACUGAAUCAUAGGCGGUUUGAAACUGCCAACCUAGAUAUACCACCAGCAAAUGCUAGUAGAUCAGGACCACCACCUAGCUCAGGAAUGAGUGGCAGGGUAAACUUGCCUACAACAGUACCUAACUUUAAUAAUCCUUCACCAAGUGUAGUUACUGCUACCACUUCUGUUCAUGAAAGCAACAAAAACAUAUAGACAUUUUCCACAGCCAGCAUAGGAACUGCUCCUCUAAGUAUGGGGGCUUCUUUUGGGAGCCCAACAUUCAGCUCAACCAUUCCAAGUACAGCCUCUCCAAUGAACACAGUCCCACCACCACCUAUUCCUCCAAUCCCAGCAAUGCCAUCUUUGCCACCAAUGCCAUCCAUUCCCCCAAUACCAGUUCCUCCUCCAGUACCUACAUUGCCCCCUUUGCUUCCUGUGCCCCCAAUUCCACCAGUCCCUUCUGUGCCACCCAUGACCCCACUGCCACCCAUGUCAGGCAUGCCACCCUUGAAUCUGCCACCCAUGGCACCUUUACCUGCUGGAAUGAAUGGCUCUGGAGCACCUAUAAAUCUGAACAAUAACCUGAACCCUAUGUUUUUGGGUCCUUUGAAUCCUGUUAACCCUAUCCAGAUGAACUCUCAAAGCAGUGUGAAGCCUCUUCCCAUCAACCUUGAAGAUCUGUAUGUCAGUGUUCAUGGAAUGCCCUUUUCUGCAAUGGAAAAUGAUGUCAGAGAAUUUUUCCAUGGGCUUCAUGUUGAUGUGGUGCAUUUGUUGUAAGAUCUUGUAGGCCAAAAUAAUGAGAAUGGAUUGGUUAAGUUUCUCUCUCCUCAAGAUACAUUUGAAGCUUUGAAACGAAAUAGAAUGCUGAUGAUUCAACGCUAUGUGGAAGUUAGCCCUGCCACAGAGAGACAGUGGGUAGCUGCUGGAGGACAAAUCACUUUUAAGCAAAGUAUGGGACCUUCUGGACAAACCCAUCCCCCUCCUCAGACACUGCCCAGGUCAAAAUCGCCCAGUGGGCAGAAAAGGUCAAGGUCAAGAUCACCACAUGAGGCUAGUUUUUGUGUUUACUUGAAAGGGCUGCCAUUUGAAGCACAAAACAAACAUGUCAUUGAUUUUUUUAAAAAGUUGGAUAUUGUGGAAGAUAGUAUUUAUAUAGCUUAUGGACCCAAUGGGAACGCAACUGGUGAAGGCUUCGUAGAGUUUAGGAAUGAGGCUGACUAUAAGGCUGCUCUGUGUCAUCAUAAACAAUACAUGGGCAAUCGCUUUAUUCAAGUUCAUCCAAUUACUAAGAAAGGUAUGCUAGAAAAGAUAGAUACAAUUCGAAAAAGACUCCAGAACUUCAGCUAUGACCAGAGAGAAAUGAUGUUAAAUCAAGAGGGGGAUGUCAACUCUGCCAAAGUCUGUGCCCAAAUAACAAAUAUUCCAUUCAGCAUUACCAAGAUGGAUGUUCUGCAGUUCCUGGAAAGAAUCCCAGUGGAUGAAAAUGCAGUACAUGUUCUUGUUGAUAACAAUGGGCAAGGUCUAGGACAAGCAUUGGUACAGUUUAAAAAUGAAGAAGAUGCAUAUAAGUCUGAACACUUACACCGUAAAAAACUUAAUGGGAGAAAAGCAUUUGUUCAUGUAGUUACCCUAGAAGAAAAGAUGGAGAUUGAGAAAAAUCCCCCUGCCCAAGGAAAAAAGGGCCUAAAGAUGCCUGUCCUGGGUAAUCCUGCAGUACCAGGAAUGCCCAGUGCAGGAAUGCCUGCUGCAGGCAUGCCCACUGCUGGUAUGUCUGCUGUGGGAAUACCCUGUGCUGGCAUGCCCACUGCGGGCAUGCCUUCUGUGGGAAUGCCCUCUGCAGGAAUGCCUGGUGCUGGCAUACCUGGUGCAGGAAUGCCCACUGCAGGACUGCUUGGUGCGGACCUGCCUGCUGCGGGAAUGCCUGGUGCAGGAAUCCCCGGUGCCAGAGGUGAAGAACAUGCUUUCCUGACAGUAGGAUCAAAGGAGGCCAACAAUGGACCUCCAUUCAACUUCCCUGGUAAUUCUGGUGGAUCAAAUGCCCUUGGGCCACCACUGCCUCCUCCAGGAUUAGGAGGGGCCUUUGGAGAUGCUAGGCCUUACCAGACGCCUGGGCCCUGGCUGUUGCCCUUCUAUAUCCACCAAGAGGAAAGCUCCUAUGACAGCCAAGACUUUGACUGCAACCUGCUUUCCACACUGCAAGGGCAUCUUCGCUGGGAACAGUCUGAACAAAGUGACUUUCCCAGUGCACAGGGUACCUUGUUCCAGGACACAGAGCCUCCUGUCCUGGACAGGGAAUUCACAACCCAGACCAAGCCCCAGGUGUCUGGCCAUCAACCACCUGAUGGGGCUCCCUUGUCUUGUCCCAGGUGCACCUGUGACAGAAAGUCUGGAGCCCAAGACCUCUGGUGGUUGUGA